AUGUCGCCGCUUCUGAAUGGAGGUGUUCUGAAGAUCAACUUAAAGGCUGUCGCUCUGUGGCCCGGCUCAUCUUGGUGCUCGGAGUGGGUUAAGCCUGUGUUCAAGCUGGUAUUGUGCGCUCUCAAAGACAUGAUCGUGUCUCCUGCGACGGGGCAGGUUUUAGUUGAGACACGUUCAGGUGGAAGAGUGCUUAACGAGCAAACAGCUCCACAGCCGUACUGUCGGUGGAUGUGGGCCCCGAUCGGUAAAAGCUUACUGUCGCUCUCUGGGAAGCUCGCUGAAAGCCAAGGGCAAAGUCUGCUGGCUUCGCCGAUAUGGGACCUCAAGAACGCAGGAGCCACGCCGAAAAAGGCGUCGGGAAAGGUCACGUCCAAAACAUGCUCCGGCCAGGUGCUCCCGGAGCAGAUGCUAGCUUCAUAUGUCGCUGCAUCCACAACCUCGUCGCAUAUUCUGGGCCUGGUCCAGAUCGCGCCCACUGGAGGGCAACUACGGCCGUUUGCUCAUUCGAAGCUCGCAAGUUGUACACUUACACGACCUAUCAUGGACCAGGAGCUGAAACUUUCAGGCUCUACCAUCUCCUCCUGUGGUUGCCUCCAGCUUCUGAGGGAAGGUUUUGCAUGCACGGAUCUCCGCUCAUGGGGAUUCAGCACCAUUUCAGAUGUCAUUGCCGAACUCGGCGACCGUAUUCAUCCUGCUUGCUGGACUGUGGACUCAAGCCUGACUCAAGAGCACUUCUCCCUAUGCUCGCCUGCGAGACCAAUGGUCGACUAA